AUGAGCGAUUCGGAGAUUAACGAAGCGGAAAAGCUGCAAUCUCUGAAGGCUUUUCACUUCACGAGAGUGCUCAACGACGAUCCAGUGUCGCGGAGCCUGACCGUAUUGGGCACAUUACCGCAAGGGGAUUUUGCGGAUAGCUCCAGUCCCGCUGUCCUGCGGCUGGAGCGGACUUCUUUUGCGCUUUCACCCUCUGAUAUCGACAGCCUGACCAAGUCGCUGCAUCGCAUACGACUUGAAGAACACACCGACAUAUACACGUGGUUAUUUGGAUGGCUCGGUGACGAUCGAAGUGAACCCGAUGUAAAAAUUAGCAUCAUUUGUCCUGCGACUGACGCUCACAUUCGCAAGUACAGCAAGCAAGACAUCGUCAUGGUCACCGAAACGCCUGAUUUGCACCAGCGAAUUGUCCGCCCGUACAUGGACAGUUUCUCGGCCUCCCGAACCCAAUGGGUCCGAGACAUUAUCAACGGCGUUUCGGAGGCCGACAAGAUAUUGUACCGUGAUACCAAUCCGUCACACGGGUUCGUACUACUGCCUGACAUGAAGUGGGAUCUCCGGACGAUAUCAUCGCUUUACCUUGUCGCCAUUGCCAAUUCGCCCGAAAUCCGCAGUCUACGCAGUCUACAGAAACGACACAUCGGCAUGUUACGAAGUGUCAAGCGUGAAGCGGAUCGCAUUGUGAAAAGCCGAUGGGGCUUGGGGAAGGGCGCACUGAGGUUCUUCAUACACUAUCAGCCCUCGUAUUAUCACUUCCACGUUCACAUCGUCAACGCGAAUUAUGUCGGAACGAUCGGAUCCACGGUAGGACAAGCACAUCUCCUAGACGAUGUCAUAGCUCUGCUUGAACUGGACCCGGAAGAAGGCCCCUCCAUUAUGGAGCGGAUGACAUUCACGUAUGGUUUGGGGGACCAACACGGAUUGUUCGUGGCGAUGAAGGCGGCUCAAGUAGACUCGGAGUAG